GCCAGCAGUCAGUGCUCAUCAGUGCCACGUGCCAGUGCCCAUCAGUGCCACAUCAAUGCCACAUAUCAGUGCCUACCAGUGCACGUCAAUGCCACAUAUCAGUGCCCAUCUGAGCUGCCUUUCAGUGUCACCCAUCAGUGCCAUUCAGUGACCCCUAUCAAUGCCAAUCAGUGCCACCUAUCAGUGCCACCUAUCAGUGCCUCCUAUCAGUGCGCAUCAGUGCCGCCUAUCAGUGCGCAUCAGUGCCGCCUAUCAGUGCCAGUCAUCAGUGCCACCUAUCAGUGCCGCCUAUCAGUGCUGCCUUUCAGUGCCCAUUAGUGAUGCCU